UCGGCUUCGGCUGUUACGUUGAAAAUAUAACCUAACCUCUUGUUUACUUUGCUGAUUGUUGUUAAAAUGGAUUAAAGAAACGAAAACAUCGUACAAAAGUUACAAUUUACAUUUCGAAUAUAAUAAUUAUGUCACGAGCUAAGCUGCUGUCUUCAUCACUUCAGCGAUGUUUAAUAAAUAACUUGAAAUCUGAACCAAAAGAUUUACGUAACAUUUGUCGCUAUAAAUCUACGAAAACGAAAACAGCCAGCUCUGUAUAUCGGAGUAUGAAUAUAUUUGAUAGAAAGGCGAAGGCUUUGCAAAGGGAAAGAUCAGCCAGAGGGGAGGCUUAUCAUUUAGUUGAACACAUAAAAGAAGAAGUCGGAUGGCGGACGGCCGAUCGAGUUUUUGAUAUAAAAAGGACGUUUAAAAAUGCUGUGGAACUUGGUGCGAGUCGGGGCUAUGUGUCCCGCCAUUUCUUACCUGACAGUGUCGAAAAGGUGACGUUAUGUGACACGUCACAGACGCACCUGGACAAAGCUAUCGUCGGGGAUGGAGUAACAGUGGAGAAGCGUGUUAUGGACGAAGAAAAUAUUGACUUACCAGAAAACAGUGUGGACUUAUUAGUCUCGUCGCUGGCUCUCCACUGGGUGAACGACCUGCCGGGGUGUUUUGACAGUGUCAUGAGAUGCUUGAAACCGGACGGGGUGUUUAUGGCAACAGUGUUCGGCGGGGACACGCUGAUGGAGCUCCGGCAAUCGCUGCAGCUGGCCGAGACGGAACUGUUGGGGGGCAUGUCCCCCCACGUGUCCCCUUUUACCAGAAUAAGAGAUAUCGGGGGACUGCUCAAUGCGGCCGGUUUCACACUGCAAACGGUGGACGUAGAUUCGCUGUGCGUGUGGUAUCCGACGGUGUGGCACGUGAUGCAGGACGCUAGGGCGAUGGGCGAGUCGAACGCCGCGUUCAAUCGCCCGCUGCGUUUGAACCGCGACGUGCAAUUCGCCGCCGCGGCCAUAUACGACGAGAUGUAUGGGAAGGAUAUGCCUGAGAGGAAUUCCCGCGGGGUGCCAGCCACUUUCCAAAUAAUAAACUUUCUCGGAUGGAAACCCGAUCCAUCACAGCCUCAACCGAUAGAGCGGGGUUCAGGGGAAAUCUCCAUGAAAGACCUGCAUAGAAUUGACGAAAUUAUAAAGGAGACGAAAAAAAUAGAAUUGACUGAAGAAGACAAAAAAUAGAAUCAAGUUCUUAAUAAAUGUUAUUUAUUUAUAAGUA